CCCCCGCUCCCCUCAGACUCGGGCUGCGCGCCUCGCUCCGCUCCGCUCCGCUCCGCGUCCGGCUCGCUCGCGGCCCGCAGGCCCCUAGGCGCGGCAGGAGGCGCCUCGGCGGCGGUGCAGAGCUGCGCAGGAGUGGGCGGCCAGGCGACCGCGCGGCGGCGGAGCGGGCGGGGCUCGGCGCUGGUCCCCCGCGCCUGGCGCGCCCCGGCCGCCGCCAUGAGCGGCUCGUCCGGCACCCCGUAUCUGGGCAGCAAGAUCAGCCUCAUCUCUAAGGCGCAGAUCCGCUACGAGGGCAUCCUCUACACCAUCGACACCGACAAUUCCACCGUGGCGCUCGCCAAAGUGAGGUCAUUUGGUACUGAAGACCGUCCCACAGAUAGGCCUGCUCCCCCAAGAGAGGAAAUUUAUGAGUACAUCAUUUUCCGGGGAAGUGAUAUCAAAGAUAUUACUGUGUGUGAACCUCCAAAAGCUCAGCACACACUCCCUCAGGAUCCUGCUAUUGUUCAGUCCUCCCUGGGCUCUGCCUCCGCCUCGCCCUUCCAGCCGCAUGUGCCUUACAGCCCCUUCAGAGGGAUGCCACCGUAUGGCCAGCUGGCAGCCAGCUCCCUGCUCAGCCAGCAGUAUGCUGCUUCCUUAGGUCUAGAGAAGUUGGUAAGCCCUCCAGCCUCAGCCGCUGCUUCCAGCCCUAGUUCCUCUCCAUCUCCACAGCCUGUUUCAGAGCUUGACAUGUCCUCAGAGCCACCUCAGCUCACUUCCAAGGGAGCUGGUUUUCCAUCUACCCCAGUCAGCAAGAGCCCCAUGGUGGAGCAGGCUGUCCAGACUAGUUCUGCUGAUAACUUGAAUGCUAAGAAACUGUUACCCAGCAAGGUCACCUCGGGGACACAGCUCAAUGGUCGCCAGGCACAGCCAAGCAGCAAGACUGCCAGCGAUGUAGUCCAGCCGGCACCUGUGCACACACAAGGGCAGGUGAAUGACGAGAACAGAAGACCUCCACGGAGGCGGUCAGGCAAUCGGCGAACAAGAAAUCGCUCCAGAGGGCAAAACCGUCCAACUAAUGUUAAGGAAAACACAAUCAAGUUUGAAGGUGACUUUGAUUUUGAGAGUGCAAAUGCCCAGUUCAACCGAGAAGAGCUUGAUAAAGAAUUUAAGAAGAAACUGAAUUUUAAAGAUGACAAGGCUGAGAAGGGAGAAGAGAAGGACCCAGCUGUGAUGACCCAGAGCGAAGAAACUCCGGCUGAGGAAGAUCUUCUGGGGCCCAACUGUUACUAUGACAAGUCCAAGUCUUUCUUUGACAACAUUUCUUCUGAACUCAAAACAAGUUCUAGGCGGACAACAUGGGCCGAAGAGAGAAAGCUGAACACCGAGACCUUCGGGGUAUCUGGGAGGUUCCUUCGUGGCCGCAGUUCACGGGGUGGAUUCCGAGGAGGUAGAGGCAGUGGGUCGACACGGCGCAACCCCACGUCCCACCGAGCUGGGACUGGCCGGGUGUGAGGGUGCAGUUCAAGGUUCUGAAGAUAAAGACCCAAGGAAACGCUACACUCACCGAGAGACGUGAUCUUGUUUACCAAGUCUGGACACCCUCAUACUACUUGGCUUUGGGGACUCAACCUAAACUUGGAUGUGGUCUGAUUAGAACCACUUGUUUUGGGGGAAGUAUUUGUAGGUGAUCUCAUGAAGGUAUCUUGACCUACAUUUUCUUCUUGGUUGCACACAGCCUAAUUGUAAGGUUUUGGUAUUUUGCAAAAAGGUUUCUAUAGGCAAAGGCUCAGUCCUCACUUUGUAACUUUUUUUUUUUUUAAUGACAGCUUUGACUCUGAAAAUGGAACCAAAUUUUAUUUGGCACAGUGUGGUGUCCAAAUGUGUCUCUGCAACCCAUCUGGCCCCUGGUGCUGCUGGCCUGGUACCCCAUCUGCUAACAGUGGGAAGUCUCAGGAUCCAGGCAGGGCCAGCACAGGGUGAUCCAGUCAUAGGGGUGGGAGGGUCAAGG